AUGGCGCGUCGAACAACAAAUCGGAAACAACAGGGAACUGUUCUGAAGCAAGCAUGGGAAUGGGCUGAUUACACUGAACCAGAAAAUGUCAUCAAUGAUAACGUUGAAAGCGCCUAUAGAAUAAAUACUGCCGCCUGUUCUCCGGGAAAUUGCAGGUGAGAAGCUGGCUUUUAUUUGCUUUUAUCGAUGGAAAUCCAUUUGAACUGAGUCUGAAUUUGAAAUUAACAUGGAGAUAUUUGACUUUGUGAAUCAAAAAGGGACGUUCGAUAUUGUUGACGAAUCCGAAAGGUAUGACCUUUACUUUGAUUGAAACCCAAAGAUCACCGUUUCAAAUUAACGAAAGCGCUGUGCGCAAUUUUUUCUUUGUUUUGAAAAAUAAAUUAAACGGAAGCCGAGAACAAUCAUUAUGAUCAAUUUCUAUUUAAUGUCGUAUACCUCUUUAAGGUCAGUACUCUGUUUUUACAAUAUUGCGGCUAUGUAUUACAACUACUGAUAUUAGUGCUAAUUUCUAUUUGAGAUACUAACAAUCUUAAUUAACUGUUAGCAACCUUCCAAUCAUGAUGACAACAACUGGAAGACAGUAGUAUUUUGAAAACUGGAUUGGUCCUUUAUUGAUAAGAGCUUGGGAAUUUCGAAAAUUGUAUACUCUGCUUCUGUGUUAGACAUCAGCUUGGACAAUACUUCUAGAAGCCAUUGUUAGCCAUCUCUGGGACAAGAAACAACAUAAAAUUAAAAGAAAUGUCAAAUGCCUCGACUAUAUGAAUGGGGAUUGUAGGCACAAGAUCCACAUACUUCAAACUCAAAUUUAUUUCACUUAGCCUGAAUCUCAAGGUUUUUCACAAUUGACUGAAGUGUCACAGAUUCUUGGUAAUCCAUCCCAACUUACUAUAUCCAAAGGUAGACUAAACUUACAGAUCAUGUGUACUUAGGGCAUCUGCUGGUAAAUGCUAUUGGUUCACAUAUUGUUUGAGAGUCUACCAACUGUCGGUCACCUUGUUAUUCAAGUUGGAAAACCAUCAGUUGCCACUAUCGGUGCAUAGUUGGUUGGUAUGUUGGUUGACACUUGGCUGACACCUUGACUGUUACAUUGCGAUCAACAGUUGACAGCAUAUCAGUCAAGUGUCAGUGGUGUAUCGGUGGAUUGUUGGUGGUAGAUAAGUAUUUUUAACCAUAGUUUUGCUGGGAUGACAACAGUCUCCUAGCCCUUUUCCCUUACCUACUGGGGAGGAGAAAAAGGAGUCUCUAUCACCUAUGCUCAUAUAUGACAGAGGGGGAUACAGCUUAAACUGCUUUCAUUUCGAAUAUUUAAGUUUAAAACAAGAAAGAAAACUUAAACUGAAAAAACAGUUUUUGACAUUGAUGAAUAUGGCUGGCUGGCAUGAAAGGUCAAGAAUGGACAUUGUCUUGCGAAGGCUAGAGAAUGUAAGUUAAUGUGUGAAUGGAGAAGAUAGGGUCCACCAAGUGUUAGUAAAGUAUCACCAGCUUGUUGAAAGAGUAUCUUCUGACAUGCAUGUUGCUUGAGAGGUGACUGAUGUUGUUUGACAUGUCAGCUGACUAUCAGCUGAAGUCUGAACUGAGUAAUGGCCAAUAUAUCCAUAAACACUCGACUUUUAAUACUGACUGAUACUCAACUAACAGAUGCCUUAAGUACAUAUGAUCCAAACUUCCUUUUGCAAUGCACAGUUGCCUACCAGCCUGUAGAAAACCUUCAAGAUAUCAUUUGUAAAUUACAUUUGGAAAAAGCUGUAUCAAGGCUGUUAACAUAAAAUGAUUUGUGUAUUUCAUAGGAGGAACUGCAAAGCAAAUCCAAACUGUUUUAAUUGCCUUGGAGAAAGAUUUUGGCUCAGCGAAAUUAAAGGUAUUAAUAAUUAAGAAUAUUUAAUGAUAGAUAUUUAAUAAGUAAAUUAUGCAACAAACUGUAUUUACAGGAGACUGCAAAGUUGUAUUUCAUAGGAGCAACUCUCAGUUUGUAUUUAUUCUUUUCAGACAGUUACUGGUUAAAUUGUGAAGACCCAGAAAAUGAGAGACGCCCAGAGGUAUGAGAUGAUCAUGAUCUUUUCUCCUUACACUAUCAGUACAAUAUCAAGCAGACAAGUAAUGAAAUAGAGAGAAAUAUCAGUUAGGGAAUCAUUGGUUGAUCCAAUUCCAAAUUCUCUAAACUAAAUUCAUAUGAAUUGUAUGGUAGACAGUAAGGAGAAUUGCUAAUGAGAUCGUGGGAGUUCAAGGUAUAAGCACCAACCCUCCCCUCCCCCCUAAAAAUGGAAGUGCACAAGAGGAAUAUUGGAAAUUAUUUCUUAAGUUUACUGGGUUAAAAUCUCUAAAUUCACAGUCUGGUAUAUCUUCAUAUUUUGUUGUUAUUUAUUGUUUUGUGGCAAAAUGAACUUUUAACUUGCUGAAAAUGAUGAAAAUUUAGUGCUCAUCUCAAGUAAGCACUCAUUCUCAAGGUUCAUGAAGGUAAUAACUACCUAUUUGAAUUAAUACAGUACCUAAAUUUUAGAAUUUACUUGUCUUUUGUCAUAUUAAAAAUAUGUUAUGAAAUAAAACAGAAUAUAACCCUUGUUCUAAUUUGGCUGUCUUAUGCACCAAUCUGUCUCCUCAUUUCAUUUUUCAUUUUUUCACAUUUGGCUUUUCAGAAUGCUUUUGUUGGGCUUAAGAACCUUGGAGCUACAUGUUAUGUGAAUACAUUUUUACAGGUGAGACAAUUCACAGCUGACAUGAAUAAAAGUAGACCAUCAUUUUGCUUGAGGGCUAUUUGUUUCUGCCACAGGUUUGGUUUCAUAAUCCAGUGUUUCGUUCAGCUAUGUACAAGUACAUCUCUCCUACAAGCGGAAGACCAGAGCAAGAGGUCAAAAGAGGUGAGAAUUAUUGUAAUUAGAGAAUUAUGUUUAACAUUUAGAACAAGCAUAGUCUGUGCUCAAGUCAAGUGGCCCAUCCAGCUAGAAAUUAUCCUGGUUUCCUCAGCAGGAAGUGACUAGAUAUAUUGCUACUCUUCCCUGGAUAGGAGGCCAGUCCAGCGCAAAGGUUGAUAAUGUAACUUGGCCACCAUAAAGAGUUUCACAAUGACAUUUCAAGCAUUAGCUCUUUGUCAGCUUCAAAACUCUUUAUGGUGGCCAGUUUACAUUAUAAACUCAUUGGAUCAUGUGUACUAUAGGUGGCCUCGGUCGACAUAUCGGCUGAUACAUCGGCUGAUAUAUCAGUUGACUAUCAACCGACUAUAGGUCGACUAUCGGUUGACAGUCAACCGACUAUCGGUCAAUAGUCGACCGAUAGAUCGGUCAACAGUGGACUGAUAUAUCAGCUAACAGUCGACCGAUAAAUGUACACAUAUUGGCUGAUGCAUCGGCCGACAGUCGGUCAAUAUAUUGGUCGACUAUCGGUCAACUAUCGGUCGACUAUCAACCGAUAGUUGGUCGAUUGUCGACCGAUAGUCGACCGAUAAAUGUGUACAUAUCGGGUGAUGCAUUGGUCAACUAUCGGUCUAUAUAUUGGUCGACUGUCGGUCGACUGUCGGUUGACUAUUGGUCGACUGUCAACCGAUAGUCGGUCGAUUGCAGACCGAUAGUCAACCAAUAGUCGACCGAUAUAUCAGUUGAUUGUCGGCCUAUAUGUCGACCGAGGCCACCUAUAGUACACAUGAUCCAACUCAUUUGAUAAUACUAAAUUACCCUGUUAUACACUCUAACCAAUGCAGCACCAGUUUCUUUAGAAAUUUACCCACUUUAUUCAUCACAAAGCUUACCCCUUACCACUUCAUCAGACUUCCCUAAAAAUUCACCAGUGAGAGACACUGCGAGGAUUUAGUGUCUUGCCCAAGAACACAACACAAUGACCUGACCAGGUCCUAAGUGGCCAACUCUUUUCCUUAGUCCUGAGUAAUAACCAGAAGGCCACAUUGUCUCCUAUGGAACAAGCAUGGGGCAACAAAAAAUUCUGAGUUUCUUGUGAGGGAUCAGACUUCAGCCCAUUUACAAAAUUUUUUCUUUUUAUGUUUGUACAAGUGAGAGAUAAACAGCCUGUUCUCGAGGUAACUGGACUCCAGAUCAAGAGGUCUGGGUUUGAGACGGGUCAAUGUGUUGUGUUCUUGGAAAUACACUUUACUGUAACGGUGCCUCUCUCUGUCCAGGACUGUAAAUGGGUAUGGGGAAAUUGUCAGGGAACCUGAUGAAAUGCUGGGGGUAACCUUUCAAAAGAUUAGCAUCCCAUCUAGUGAUACUCCUAGUUGCUUCAAACCGGGCUAAGCUCAGGCUGGGUGGGCCACAGGGAUCGAGUACAGGCUUUGCCUUCUCAAGUCAAUUGGUUUACCCAGUCCUACUCUAUCCUGGUUCCUCAGAAUAAUGCUACUCACCCCUGGUCUCCCUGAUAGGUCAUCAGUACUCAGUUAUAAAUAAUGUUGAGCUGUGAGAGGCACUGGGAAAGUAAAGUGUCUUGUCUAAGAACAAAUCAUAAUGACACAGCCAGAUCUCAUUCUAGGAUUCCUUGACCCAGAGUUCAACACCCUUUUUGUUGGACAACCAUGUCUUCCACAUGCUUAUAUACGUGCUCAUUCCUAAUGGUUACCUGCUAUUCUUUCCAAAUUGUCAGCUGUAAAUGGCUUGUCAACAUCAGAAGCUUUAUCAAGCAGCCCAAAUAACUCUGAGGUGACUAAUCAUAGCAGUCAUAAUGGUGAAACCUCAAAUAAACCUGCCAAAGAUUCUUCUAAAUUGAAGCAUCACAGUAGUGAGAAUGGGGGAUCCCUGGAUAAACCUCUAAAUGUGCCAACAACUCCCAGUAAGGUGUCGGCUGUUGAGCAGGUUCCGUUGCUUCCCUCUACUACUAUACUGAACUCAGAUGAAGCACCAACGACUGUUUGUGGACACCUUCAGUUGCUGUUUGCUCAGUUGCAGUACAGUUUUCGAAGGUACAGUAUAAAAUUUAGGCUGUUAUUGAUUAACACUUUCACUCCAAGAUCUCAUCAAUAACUCUCCCCACUGAGUGCCAUACAAUUUUUAUGAUGUUGGUUUGGAGAAUUUGGUAUUGGAUCAACGGAUAAUCCUGAAAUUGAUGAUUUUCUUUGUUUUCAUCACUUGUCUGCUUAUAAUAUUGUAUCAAUAUUGCAAGGAGAUAUUCUGUCAUGGUCACUCAUGGACUAAACUUGGGUGGUGAAAUGGGGUUUUUCCAAAUUUCUAGAUAUUUGUUAGCUAACAGCUUGGUGGAAAACCAUACUAAAUGGAAAGUAUUAUUAAUUGCUUGAAUUUUUUUUUGUAGUCUUCAAAUUUAUAGAAAACAUUGUCUAGAAGUGUUUUUGGUGGGGCCUGUAUUUGAGAAUUUUUUCUGGGAGGGGGGGGAGGGGUGAAAGGAAAAAGAAACCUUUUGUUUCACUGAAUAAACCCAAACAUCAAAAACUGAUUGGUUGCUUGUUAAGAAGAAACUUUGGUAACCAUGUAAAAUUUCAGAAAUGAGAGUGGGCGUGGAAAUUUGAAGAAAGCUUUUAAUUAUUUUUGUAGGUACAUUGAUCCAAGUCCUUUUGUAGACAGUUUAGGACUUGACACUGCACAACAGCAGGUAUUUUAGCAUGAAUUAAUUUUUGUUGCCCUUGAACAAGUGAAAAUUUCUUAGUUCAAAUUGUCCACAAUUUUACACAUUUCCUGUGGUAUUAUCAACUAAGAGAAUCUGUCAAACAAUCAAGAGCUUAUUUAGUUAGCCAUCCUUUCCAUUAUUCGCAUGACCUCAAUAUUUGAAUCAGUGGUGAUUCUGUAAGGAGAAUUAGAUGGUAGUCACUCUUAGUGGUCUAGGAUUAAUAGUGCAACAUAACGUUGUUGAAAAUUAAUGUUUUAGGUAUUGUCAUUUUCCUUUUUUUUUUUAGUUUUGGUAAGUUGCUUAGAAAUGUGUUUUAUGUUCUAGGAUGCUCAAGAAUUUAGCAAACUAUUUACCUCACUACUUGAAGAAACUUUCUCAAAGCAGGUUGGUUUACCAAGAUUGUAUUGUUUGUGACAGAAAUUAUUACAGUCAAGCUUGCUCUUGUGGUCACCUCUCUAAGAUGGACAACUUCCUCUGUUGUUCAGAUGGCUCUUAUAGAGAGGUGUGACCAUAUUUUACACUUUGAACCACAGAAAAAAAUUAAAUCUCUACUUGAACCAAGUGGGUCAUCUGUCUGGAGCUUGUUCUGGUUUCCAUAGUGUCAAGGAGUAUUGUAGACAUCUCCCGCCUGGAUGGAAUACCACUCAAUCACAAGUUGAUCCCCCAGGGGUAAACUUGUAAUUGAGUAGGUUUUCAUCAGGUUUUCGUGACAAUAGCCAGUACCCAUUUAUAUUCCUGGGUGGUGAGAGAUACUGUGGAAGUCAAGUGUUUUGCCAAAGAACAGAACACAAUGACCCUAUGUCAGUUCUUGAACCCAGACCUCCUGACUUGGAGUCCAGCACACUAACUUACUAACCUACUCAUACCAUAGAAUGAAAAAGACACAGCUUAUUGUUCUGCAUCAUUACACUCCUUUUUUUUUGUAGGCUGAGCCUGAGGUGCAGAAUAUUGUUCAGUCUCAGUUUGGAGGGGAGUACUUUUAUGUCACAGAGUAAGUAAAACACAUUCUGAAUAUUAACCUAUUCUUUCCCAAGAUCUUAGCAUGAAAAUUCUGAAAGUUCUUUGCUGCUGAUGAAAACUUGAUCUCUUAGAUGUCUGAGGUGUGGGAAUAAAUCCAAGAGGCUUUCUCGUUUUUAUGAACUGGACCUUAACAUACAAGGCCACUCAUCACUGAACCAGUGUAUCAAGGAGUUUUUGAAGGUGAUGCAGGAUUUACAUUUUUAUUGUCGCACUUGGUUAGCUCAUGUUGUAGAAUGCAGUACUGCCUGCAGAAGGGUAGGGGUUUAAGCCCAGACAGGACCAAAACUCAGGGCCUUAAAAUAACUGAGGAGAAUGUGCUGCCUUCAUAUGACAUCUGCAAAUGGUUUUGAAAUAAGGUUGGAUAGGAUGAUAAACAAUAAGCUCCAUCUCCUGCAUCUUCUCUGCAUGUGUUAGCAGGUGAUGUUAAAGAACCCACUCACUUCUUGCAAAAAGUAGCAAACAUGGCCCCUGGUAUUGUGGUCUAGCCUUGUUCUUGUUUAUACAGGCUAACAUUUAACCCUUUAACUCCCACAAGUGACCAAGACAGAAUUUCUCCUUACAAUAUCAAUACAAUAUCAAGCAGACAAGUGAUGAGAAUAGAGAAAAAUCUUAAUAAGGGGAUUAUUAGUUGAUCCAAUACCAAAUUCUUCAAGCUAACAUCAGAAGAGCUAUGUGACAGAUAGUGAGGAGAAUUAGUAAUGAGAUCUUGGGAGUUAAAGGGUUAAGCCAGCUUUUAAACUGAAGUGAGCCAUCCUGUUUAAAUGUUGCUAAUAUAUAAAUAAAAUUUUUAUUGUUGUCACUUUGUUUGAUAAUCCCUUAGCAAAUCAAGUGGAAUCUUUUUUUGUAAACAGGAAGAAAAGUUGGAUGGUGACAAUCAGUAUUAUUGCACUCAGUGUAACAGCAAACAGAAUGCGGCACGUUACAUUGAACUGCACUCCCUCCCUCCUGUACUCAAUCUGCAACUGUUAAGAUUUGUGUUUGACAGGUAAGGUUAAUAUUGCAGUAAGAGUGAAAACUGUGGACCCUCUGUUUUCUGUACAUUUUUUAAGGUGCUGACAAGAAGAAUUUGUCCAACAGUAGAGCCUACUUAGUUGGUGUUCAUUUUCUUUGUUCUUGUCACCUCAAUUUGUGAUUCAGGGGUGAUAUUGCAAGGAGAAAUUAGACCCUUAGGUGUUAAUGGGCCAAGAAUUGAAAGAUAAGAGUGGGGGGAGGAGUAAGGAGUGAGUUUUUAAGGGUGGAGGGUAAGUUAUGAACAUUUGAUAUGAAUGGCACUACACUUUUUAGGAAAGAAAAGUGAGUUGAUUACAACAGGAACCCAACCAACGAAAGGCAAGCUACUGUCCCUGGUUUGCUUCUAGCAGUCAUUCUUCAGCUAGGAGUAGUGAGGAUCAUUCUACUCCCAUCCCUUCCCCCCCCCCCCCCGGCCUGUUUGGCCUGUUUUAGAAAUAUUGGUCAUCAUAAGAGGUAGCUUAAGGUCAGGAUGUAGUUGUUUGAUGUUAGACAGCUGAUUAGGGUUAAAUUGUACUCCAGGUUUCUCUAUUCCUUCGUUCAAAAGCCAUUUUCAAAUAAUUUUUCUCUAUUAUUUUUAGAGAUUCCAAUCAUCAAAUUGUAGACCAAAAAAAAUUAUACUAAAUUUUCUUUUAAACCUUUCAGAUCAGAAAUCAGAUUUCAAAGUAACCUUGGAUUAUCUGACCCCAGCUUUGAAUAACCUGGCCCAUAUCCGUAUACUUAUUUAUCAGUGUUGUUUUUUUGUAUACAGGAAAACAGGAUACAAAAAGAAAUUGAACUCAUUCAUUCAGUUUCCAGAUAAUCUUGAUAUGACAGAACAUGUCAAGAGUGGAGGCUCUGGUAAGUAACUUGAUGCACAUUUUUUCAGAAUUUUUUUUUUUAAUUCCAAUAACAGUUAGUACUGGUUUACGUUCAUUGUUGUUGUUUUUUUUUUUAGGGAUAGGAUCUAACCAUGAGUAUGAGCUGAGUGCAGUUUUGAUGCAUUUUGGAGUCAGUGCGUAUUCAGGACACUAUGUAGCACACAUUAGAGACAAGAAGGUUUGUAAGUCCUUUUGCAAAUCAUCUAGCACUGCAGCAUGAAUGGCAAAGACAUCAAGAUUUCAGACAGUGAGUGAAGUGAUCAUGUACAAGGUCUGUGGGUGGUCUGCCAAACCUCCUGUAGACUUCUUGCAUGCUUGCUUUACAUGCCCACUUGUGUUGUAGUGCCAGUGCAAGCAUGCUCUCAGCCUGCAAAUUAUCCUACACUCCAAAACUGACCUGCAAGGUGCUGUAAUCUCAAGAACAGGCUUAACUGUUGAUGUUAUGUUGCAGCACCACUGGUAUACAUGGGAAAGGAGGGUUAGUUGGUUUGUGUUCAGCUGGAGGUUUUGCCUGAGUAUGAAUAUAAUACAACACAAUGUUUUGUAUCAAUAGUCUGGAUCAUGGUACAAGUUCAAUGAUGAAGACAUUGUUAAGAUGCAAGGAAAGUUGAAGCUUUCUCAGGAUGAAGACUCAACAGGUUUUUGUUUCCAGUUCUUAACUUCUAAAACUAACAGGAAGGGUUUCUUUUGAAUUUUUUUAGCAUGGUUCAGUUUCCUUCAAUAUGACAAACUGAUUGCUCAGUCAUUCCAUAAUUUUACUUUGAUUUUCUGCAUUUAACCUUUCAAAUCCCAGAAGUGAUUAACAUGUAGUUUCUCCCCAUAAUAUCCAUAUAUUAUACAGCAAACAGGUAAUGGGAAUACUCAAACUUAUCAGGUAGAAGUUGGUCUCUUAAAUGAACAUUACAUUCAAGGAAAUUUAUAGCAGCUAGAAGGGAGAAUUGAUAAUUAAAUCAUUGAGGGUUAAAGAGUAAACAGGUUUACUUGUAAUAACUGUUGAUGCACAGAAUUAAUUUUUAUCUUCCCUGGUUUUUGAUAGUAGAUUAGGCAAGUACCAAACAUGUACUGAAUACUCUAAACCACAGUAAGUUAUUAUCUUGAUCUUUAAUCUUUCAUUUGUUUGUUUAAGAUAUAUAUAUUUUUUCUCCCUUUCAGACACCAGCCCUAAGCCUGCUAAAAGGCCAAAAUGUGCUCAAGGAUUUCAUGUGUCAAAAAAUGCAUACACUCUGGUGUACUCUUUGAAAGGGCAUAAAGGUGUAGGUAAGAUGCUGCAACUGGUGUUAAAAGUAGAUCUUCCUUUGUAAAGCUCAGAGGUUUCAGAUUUUUGGUUACAAGUUAAGGGGGUUUUAAAUAUUCAUUUUAUUGAACUGAUUUGUAAAAUUAUUUAGGUCAAACAUGCAGUCUAGUUGAAAUUCUUCUUGAGGUUUUUCAUUUUGUCUAUUCAUACAAACUUGUGACAAUCUUGGUAUGAAAUAAUGCAAAAAGUUUAUUUCUAUGCAACAUUGAUAUCGUCUUUCAGUAUGGAAUAAUUACAGUUAUUAUUAAUAUACUACUGCGUUAAUAUCAAAUUAUUAUUAAAUUGUUGUAAUUGUCAUUAUUAUCAUUAUUAUCGUUAUUAAAGGAAGUGAAGAUGAUGAUGUCGAAGUCCCACCUCACGUACUUGAGUUAGUUGCCAUGGACAACAGUUUAUUUGAACACUGGGUUACGCAGGUCAAGACAUUUCGUGUAAGAAAAUAUUACGUGUAUUGUGCGCCCAUAUUGUAAAUCAGAGCAAUUUUUCUCUCUUUCUGUUUUGCAAAGGCCUGGAGACACUGUUGUUACUUAUGGACUAAACAAAUAUAGAGCAAUUUUCAAUUGAGUUUCGGAAGUAAUCUGGAAUUGCUUUUACUUUGCUUUACUUCGCUAUGGGAUUAGUCCAGAAAACUCAUGCCACCUUCUCAACCAAUCAGAUUCAAAAGUAAAACUAAUCACGACUUAGCUGCUGCCAUUUUCCCGCGCUUUUGGUCGUUUACUUGUUUUUACUGAGUUCUCGUUGGCUUCUCUCGAUAUUUUCCUCUGUUCUGAUUGGCUCUUGUGAUUACAUUGGUUUCGGUUUACGACACUCAAUCUAAAUGCGUUCUAUCACAAAAUUACAAAGCCCACAGCUAUUGAAUACCUUAACAAAGAAGACUUGGGAUGGGAAAUUUUCCAUAAAUAACUUUGGGACAUUUUUCUUUAGCAAAAGUUGAUUGCCAAAGGACAAGAAAGCCAAGCUGAAAUAAGGAGACUUUAUUUAGAAAUUCCGGUAUCUUCAGGUAAGAUCAUUUUUAUUCAAGAUAACAAUUGACCUGAUAAGUGUAUUUCAUAGAUGAGAUACGUUGUGAAGGGCUGGACUCCAAUUGACCUCUUAACCCCUAAGAGUGACUGGCUUCUAAUUUCUCCUUACAAUAUCACCUUUGAAUCAAACAUUUUUGUCUAUGAGUGUAAAGGAAAUGAUCACCACUUUAGGAAGCUCCUGAUCGUCAAACGAAUUCUCCUCGUCAGUAGCAUAGGAAAUGUAAAGAGGACAGUGCAGAGUAUAUCAAUGUUGGGGGAGUAAAGGGAAAAACGCGAUUUAAGAGCAAUUUUUUUUAAACUGAGAUUCGACAAAAUCCUCGUCUUCAUUUGUUUUCUGUCUCUUCGCUUAGUGAUUGGUUAAAAAAAACUUGCCCGCCCCAUCAAUCAAACAGACGUGAAACUGUAACUAACCAGCGCGCUGUGUUCACUUUGAGUUUUCACUGGAUUCUUCUGAAAUCGUCUUUUUUACUGACUGACCAUUUUUUUCGUCUCUCAGAAAAAGACUAUGAAUGGAUUUCUACCAAAUGGCUGAAGGACUGGAUGAAUGAAAAAACUGUGACUCCGCCAGUGGACAAUUCCUCUUUAUUGUGUUCUCAUGGAAAGUAAGUCGAAUCGCGUAGUGUAUGUUGUAGUGUUGUAUUUCUGUCCUCAAAAGAGCUCUCCUUUGGAGUGGAGCAAUUUUCAUUUAAGUAUCGAAAGCGAUCCGGAUUGCAUCAAUUAGGCUUUACUUCACUCUGAAGCGCCUCUCUCAACCAAUCAGAUGCGAAACUGACACCAAGCGCGUCUUGGUCACUCGUGUUUUCCCGCGCUUCAGACAGUUUGUUCACGUGCGUUUUCCCGCCCUUCAAACAGUGUUUGUGUUCUAAAUUUGAGUUCUCAUUGGCUUCUGGUGAUAAUUUCCUUUCUUCUGAUUGGCUAUCGUGAUUUUUCUAGUUUCGGUCUUACGAUACCUAGUCGAAAAGCGCUCUAAGUUUUAUCUGAUCUAUUCCUUGACCUGUUGCUUUGUUUAUAUUACGACAGGCUUGAUCCCAAUCAAGCGCUUAAUGCCAAGAGGAUCAACAUCAAAGCUGUAAGUUGCCAAUUAUUUGAAAAUACUCUCAAUGAUUUCUUUUCCACUGCUUGUAGUUAGCGAGCAUUCUCAGAAGACAAUUUGGGAAUUAAAUGCAGCUUGUUGUUAUUUAUUUCUUCUUGUCUUCGUAGGCUGACGAAAUAUUCAGAAAUUACGGUGGACUGCCUAGACUUCAAAGGUGUGCUUUUGGGAUAUUUUUGUUUAACUUUCAGCCGAAACAAAUUUUGUUACAAUAAAUCGAAUGUUAUUUUAGCCCGCUCUUGUCAUUGUUCAGACUGUUUCCCUGUCAUUUUUUCAAUUUUUUAUUUCUCCAUGCCCUUCAAAGUGAUAAUGACAGUAAUACAGUACAUACUCUUUUAACCCUCGCCUAGUAGCUCGGGCUUAAAUCACUCUGAGUCAGGCAUGAAUUACAUUUAUGCCCGCGAAUAUAAACUCUAUUGUUUUAUACCUGAGGCGCGGGAAAACGCGAGUGACCGAGUCCUGUUUGGUUAGAGGUUUGCAUCUGAUUGGUUGACAGGGUGGCUCAUGUUUUCUUAACCUAUCACUGAGCGACGCAAAGCAAAACUAAUGGAAUCUCAGAGUCUCUCGACUCUCAUUUAAAAAUUUACCUUAUACAAUAGAGUAUGUAACUAAAUCACCUUCACAACCUUAAAAUUUACUUUUUCUUCAUCCAGUGAUUCUAUGUGUAUCAAAUGUGUGCAAGAACAGUGUAGGAGAAUACGGUUCGAAACUCGGCUGUCUGAAGACUACAAGUUUGUGUCAGACACUUUGAAGUCUCAACAAUCCAACAGGUAACUUCUUCUAUUUCUUGUGUCGCAUAGUAGAAAUAAAUCAAUUUCAAGGGCCACUAAGAAAUAAGAACUUAAAGAAAAUACACGUAACCAGCGCAUAGCGCGGGAAAAUUGCCUUCGUCGCUAUCACAAAAUUUCGUAGUGCUCGGGCGCAGUGCUACUAUAAGUUACUUCUAGUUUUCACCGUAAUGUUCUCGGUGUUUCUCUGUUUAGCUGUAGCUUUCCUUUCAUUCUCAGUGCAAAUUAUUUUUGGGUUGGUCGGCGGUCGCUUCUUCGAUGGAAAGUUUUGGCGAAUUACCAAGAGGAGGCACGGCAGAGUUUGAUGGACAGUUGUCGAGUUACAGCCAAUCACGAAACAGAAGACGAAGACGAAGAUAAAGCCAGACAGCAUGAGAGUAAUGAUAUGACCAUGACAGAAGAGGGAGGGAAACCACAGACAUUGGACGGAGAUCUACAGGACCCUGGCGAACAGGAGGAGGAAGACGAAGGAAAUUCUGAAUUUAAUGAAGAUUUGCUUUGUGAACAUGGUGAGAAAAUAUCAAGACAAUAUGAUGUAGCCCACUAGAAGGUCCUCAUAAUUGGCGUCUCAGCACAAGUGUUUCUUCGUUCGCAGGAAACUAUGAGGGCUUGAGCAAUGCGAGCCAGCGAGAGGCCUGGAACGGAUCUAGCACUGACAAUCAAUAUUAAUGCCAGACCCCGGGUAAACCUCUCCCUUUUUGAUUUUAAAUCUUCCCGCGGGGGGGUGGGGGGCAGGUACUGCAGCGCUAAUAAUAAUAAUAAUAAUGUAUAAGCAAUAAGUGUACUGGUGUGGGCUACAAAACAGUUACGUCACGCUGCCAUGACAGUGAUUCACCUCAGUCUGUUACCAAAGAGACCAACUUUAACCAAGAUUUUUUUUGCGAAUUAUUUGACAGGCGGCCUCUCCUCUGACGAAUCCUGUCGGCGCCUUGUGCCAGAUGAAGUGUGGCAGAGGUUGAGAUAUUACUUUCCUUCCGCUUCUGAAUUCCCAGCUGCUCAUUCAGCAUGUAGAGCUUGCCAGGUAUUUGAGUUCAAUUCUCGCUGGCUCUAGUUUACAAUGACACUGAUCUACCUGCUUUAAAUCCUCAAUCGCAGUUAUCAGGGUUGUCACUCAGUGUUGUGUCACGUAGGCUCAAACUGCGUUUGGGAAAUGAGCCUGCGCUUAUCCCGGGGUGUUUUUCUCGGUAGGAUCGAAGACAGGACUCGAGAAGACGGUGGAAAUUGAGCCUUAGUGUGACAUUUUAACAAAUAAGUACUGCUUUUUUCGCUUUUUAAUUUUUUCUCUUUCUUACGCAGGCAGAUGAUGAAGAAGAGCGUCAGAAGAAUGAGCUUCACAAACUACUUGCAUCAGAGCAGAGAACUGUUUUGAGUCAAUUGUAUCUCGAUAGGAACCGGCCGUCAUUUGAUAACGGCGUAAGUUUGGAAGCCUUUACACCCUUUCAUUGAUAUGCAUAUUCUCCAUACUAUUAUCUAAAUAUUUCCUAUGAACCAACAGGGAGAAUUUAAUUGAUAAUCAAGAGCUUCCUCAGUCGUUUCCUAUAUUCUCAUAUCCUUAAAGUGUGGUGCAAGAGUGAUACUGAAAUGAUGAUAGUCACUCUUAGGGAUUAAAGGGUUAAGUAUAACUGUAAAAGUACCUUAACUGGCAUUUGUCAAUUCAAAGCCGAACUAAUGGCAGAAAAAAGGAGCUGCGCUGCUACGAUCUUCCCACGCUGAGUUUGGUACAAGACAGCGCGAAAACAUGGCGGUAAAAAAUUAGAUGCCUGUUUCUUUAUGGCAGACGCGAAAUUCUCAGUCUCUCGAUUGGUUGUAUUCUCGAAAAAUUUGGAAAAAGAAAUGCAAUGAUUCCCUUUCUUACAGUUUGGGACUUUGCCAUUUUGGCGUUGUAUACUUGUUUGUCCUAAAUCUUGUAAUGAAAAACACCUUUCCUUCUUUCCAUCAGGAUCCGUUCGUUGCUUGUGCAGUAUCAAAAGAUUUUAUCGAUCGAUGGAGGCAGUUCUUAAGGUAAUAACUUGCAGAGUUUGUAAAAAAACAUUUUAAACGUGGCACUCAGCAACUAAGAUAACAGAAGAUGUAAUUUCACAGAUUGCUUGGCACGAGAAUCGGAGAAGGAAAUAACAUCUAGCCUGCGAACAAACUUGCAUUAUUAGCUCUUCAGUGCGAGCGAUUUUCCCCCGCGAAUAGUUCUGGCACCUUGAGUAACGCUAGUCAGCGAGAGGUCUGCAAAGGGUCUAGCACUGAUAAUCCAUUACCAGUGCCAGAUCCCUUGCAGACUGCUUACUGGCUCGUUAUACUCAAGGGUUGGUCCUGUAGCACUACUAUUGAAGGCUUGCCUGUAAGCUAAGACAGAAUAUCGUUUCAUCGCUGAUUUACCAAAAUCGGCACUUUGUUUUGACUCCAAGUUGACUAUAAACAGCCGAAACAUUCCUUGCGAUUACCCGAUGGAAUGUGUGCCAUAUAUACGUACUCGGAGAGGUUUGCCAACAUCAAAGAAUAUGUCAUAAUCUAGACACUGAUUAAAAAAAGCUGUUGAUAAUCAAGACACAAAUAAAACCGCAAUUCUGUUUUGCUAGGUACCCCAUAAGGAAUGUUCCUCCGGAAAGAAUUACAAAUGCACUUUUGCUUUGCCCACAUGAAAAGUUCCAUUUUAAUCCUGGCUGCGAAGAUGACGUUGAUGGUGCGAGCGAAAUGUAAGUUGUUUGGUUUGUUUGCGAUCUAAGGUAUGAAUGACAUCGCAGCGGUUCAUUGUAAAGAGUAACGGUAUCUCCUCACCCACCCUUCCUUAUUUCAGGUUGCACUAUGUUUGGCAACAAGAGUGGAACAUGCUUACCCGAAGCUAUCCAUACGAUCACGUGAUCACCGUCACGAAAACGGUAACAGAAGACGAUGUGAGAGAACUGGUGACUACCCCUGGCAAGUCUCUCAUUUUAUUAUGUUUUCCAUAGAUUAAGAUCAUAUAGGCUUAAAGCGGUUAAAGGGGGCAGUGUACGAUCUCUGUGCUAAAAUAAGUAAGAUUCUUUAAAUAUAUUUCUUUAUAUAUUGCAUUUGAUUCUAUAGCUUUCCUCGGUAUUUGUUCCUCGGGGAGAGCGCGAGCUCGUUUCUUGAACAGCAGCUGGCAGAAACCUCUUUCCGCCCUGAUUAAUCCCCUAGAACGUGCCCGACGUCGGACGGAUGUGUCGCCUUAGCCUCCUAACCACUAGGAAACGAACAACUUUUCGUGCGGUUUGUCACUACAUGACUACUUCGACCGGUCAGCACGCUGGACUGUCUGAAUUGGCCACGUGAGCGCUAGGAAAACAUCAAGAAGUCAUUCAUUAUUUAAUCAAGAAUAUGAACAGAGAACGUAAUAUUCUCCAAUUUCCAUUUCAGAAAUAUGCACAGAUUGUUGCUUUGCGCGCAUACAGGAGAGAGCUCAGCACGUAGAAAACUAUCGCUAUGGUACAAUCUUCGUGCGGAAAAUCACCAAAGAUCACAGCGAGAAGGACAUUGAGCAAGUAGUGAACAGUGUAAGAAUUCUGCCUUUUUAGCUGGAGGAGGGGGGGUGGGGGGCUUUAAUGAAAUUUAAAUGUAGAAGAAACUUACCAUCUCUAGGGAAGGUCAGGCUGCCACCUGGUUAGUUCAGGUUGUAGAGUGCCAGACUGGCAGGAGGUCAAGGGCUCAAGCCCCAGACCGGACCAACACUCAGGGUCUUAAAAUAACUGUGGAUGAUGUGUUGCCUUUGCUGUGACUGCUGCAAAUGUUAAGACGUUCUAGUCUUUUCGAUUAAUUAAGGACGAUUAACCGUAGGCCACAUCUCCUGCAUCUUCUUUGUACUGAUUAGUGGGCGAUAUCAAAGAACCCACGCACUUCUGGCAAAGUAGGGAACGUAGCCCCCGGUGUUAUGAUCUGGUCUUGUUUCAAAAAAUUUCCUCUCAGAAAACUGUAGUGCUUAUUGCAGUCUGACCAUAGUAUCCCACAAUGCGUUGUAAAGCGUAUGAGAGCAUUAGUAUGGAGAAUGCUUGUUAUAAAUGCCACAUCAUCAUCAUUAUCAGGAAGGUUUGUUUUAAUUUAUCUGGUGUGGUUGCUGUUUGACAGACUCCUUCCAGCAAAGACGGUUACUGUUUCGACCCAGACUUCCAGGUUGGGGAAAUUCUUUUAUUUUGAUCCGUUAGACAUUUUAGACUUUAUUCCUCCCAGAUUAGAUCUUAUUAUACUGUGGUUUUCAAUAGAACAUGAGCUCGCCGGAGCAUGUGAAUAUAACGUGCAUUCCUCACCAGUCCUCUCUCUAUUUGCAGUCUCCACCGGACAGCAAGAAACAAAAACUUAACCGCGACCCGAAGGCGCGAAGAAGCUCCAGGUAUUUAUGUUUAGUUUUACGUCUUCUUUAUUUCUUUUCUUUGGGAUUUCAUCAUCAUUGCGUUCAUUACAGGCAUCGUAAACAACGGGGAGAAGUGUCACUGACUGUUGGAUCAUCCGAGACCUUACGAGAUGUCAAAGUACAGGUGAAGCAAAUCUUUUUUUUAGUAACAUAUCCUCGGGGGACGGGUACCUGGAUCAAUUUUGCUGGAUAUGUGCCUCUCAGAACCCCUACCCAUUGUAUUCUAUUCUGUGGCCAACUAUAGACCCAAUCUUGGUCGGGAAAGGGCGAAAAAAAGAGAAACUGAGAACGAGGGUGGCAAGUAUGUUUGACUUUUCCAACAAACUACGUAAAGAACAUUUUUGGAAUUUUAAGUGGGGGAAGGUACCUGGCCCAGACCGAUAUUCGAUGACUACCCCCCCCCCUCCCUUCCGCAAUGUUUCAAAACGCUAUGCCUCCUCAGGAUGUUAAUAGCCGAUGAGACCACUUUGGUUAUGGUUUUGCGACACUAAAUCGAAGCGCUUGAAACACGAUCCUAGUUAAUCAAGCUAUAAACUUAAAACAUGUUUUUGGUUUUUACAGUUGAUGAAGAGUUUCUCGGUGAUGCCGAUGGACCAACACCUCACCUUAAAUGGCAUCCCUCUCACUGACAAUACAGCUACGCUUCGUUCAUUGGGAAUUAGACCAGGUUCCUUAUUACUGCUUAAGGUCUGUGUAUAACACGAGAAUAUCCUGUGACAGUUACAUAGAUUAUCCUCCUUCAGAUAAUCUUAGCACCAUUUUAUUCUUAAUAUCAUAGAAGAUUGCCAGUUAAAUUCUUCAAUCAUUAAUAAAUUUCAAUCUCUCAGGUAACGAGAAAGUAUCAGUCUAAAGGCAAUGAACAGGUGUCCUAAAGACUUUUAGGUAAUAAACUAGUUAUGUUCAUUAUCAAACUCUUCUUACAGAUUGAUGAACCUCAAGGUGCCAUAUCACAAGAGGCUCUCCCAGGUACACAAAUGAUGAAAUCUUCUCAUUAAUAGACAGCUUACAAUACUGUAAUACUUUCAAUCACUUUUUCGUAACAAAUUCUUUUGUUUUUCAGUGAACAAUGCCCCUGAGGAAGGUUUCAAAGGUAAGCCUUUUGUAACAUGUAAAGUUACCUGUAGAUCUGCCGUUACAUGGAGAAAAUUUUAGUUGAGUGGAAGGUAAUGGGCUCUCUGAUUGGUCCAGAAAACUCGUGUUAUAUCAACCAAUUGGAUCCCAACUUCAACAAAUUGUGACCUAAUCACAUGUGUUUUCCCGUGCUUGGAGCUACUUCGAGUUCCUAUUGGCUACUUGAUAUGAUUACUUCUGCUCUGAUUGGCUGUCAGUUUUUUAAUUAUGGAUUAAGACUACAAAUUUUCGCACAUUUUUGUGACUUUGUGCAAUUCAUAACCGUCCGUGUUUCAUUUCCAGGAACUGGUCUGCUUGGUAACUCAUAAAAUGUGUUGCUUAGAAGUGGAAAAGGAAUCACGACACAGCUAGACAACAGUGGCGAGAUAAUAUGCCUCAAAGCAAAUCCUAUUUCGUAAAGAAACUAGAGAUAACUCUAUAGAAAUGUUUUGAAAUGUCAAGAACGGACCAGAGAGAGUUUACUUUGGAGACUGCAUCUUACAACAUGACCUUACUCAUAAGCUUAUUCCACGGAAGUUAUCUGGAUCACUUCGAAUCCGUAAAUGCCACUAGGGUCCUUGAUCAGGUUGUGAGACAGGCGUCAUUUUCUGAUGUUUUUCAGGCCCACUAAGGCAAGUGCGAGACAUAAAGCGAGCGUGAAGGGCGAGUCAUGCACGGGAAAAGGAGCGUGCAAAACUCAACAGUUGUGGUUUUUGUGCUCCUCCAUUUGCGCAUUUCAACUCUCGCGCUUUCCUCGCACUCGCCACGCGCCUACCUGCGCACGCCUGAAAAACGCAUGCAUACACAUGUAAACAAAACACCCUGAGUUUCCUUCCGCGCUGAACUAUUAGGCCGUCUAUGGUCAUUUUUCGCGGAAACACAAGUAACGCGCAAGGUUCACCUUCCUCAUUCUCGAGGGACUGGAUACCUCCAAUUAAAAAAUUACUUGAGGAUUACCUUGUAACAAGACCCGAACUGCAUUUGUUUUAUCUUUGGUUAUUCGUUCAUUGACGUAGCCUGCGACGCAAGGUGGCCAGCGCGAAGCGCGAGUUAUAGGCUCGAAGAGCGAAAAAGAAAAUCAAAGAAACAGCAUUCGCGCUUUCCUCGUGCUUUUCUUGCGCUCUCCUUUGCUCGUGUGAUGAACACAAAAUAGGAAGGAAAAAACCCUGAGCUGCAGGCUACUCUUAACAA